UGUUGUUGCGCUCGUGUUUCUGUACGGACCGUGGAGACUGCAGCACCGCCGGAAGCUCAUUCCACGCUGCGAUUCGCGAGACGCCACAAUAAACGAGAAUUACACGAGACGCUAAUAAUGUCUGACAACGAAGACAACUUCGACGACGGAGACUUCGACGAUGCGGAAGACGAGGAGCCUCUGGAUGACCUGGAGAACGCGGAGGAGGAGGAUCAGGAGAACGUUCAGAUCCUGCCGGCGGGUGAAGGACAGCAGGCCAAUCAGAAGAGAAUCACCACUCCUUACAUGACCAAAUACGAGCGCGCGCGAGUGCUGGGAACACGAGCGCUGCAGAUCGCGAUGUGUGCACCGGUGAUGGUGGAACUGGAAGGAGAGACGGAUCCACUGCAGAUCGCCAUGAAAGAACUCAAGAGCAGGAAGAUCCCCAUCAUCAUUCGUCGGUAUCUGCCGGAUGGGAGUUAUGAGGACUGGGGCUGCGACGAGCUCAUCAUUACUGACUGAGAAUCUCUCUCUCACACACACACACACACGCACUCUCUCACACACACACACACACACACACUCUCUCUCACACACACACACACACUCUCUCACACACUCACACACACACACACACACACACAGAUCUGUGUUUACAGCACAGAUCUCAAGUCUUCUGCUCUGGAGCGUCAUGUUUCAUCCAGCAGUUCAUCUGUUUGUCCACAUGAGGGCAGCACAAACACAUGAUAAACACUCAACGCAAAGAGGAAGAUUUCACUCUCAAUCUCAUUAUUUAAUGUUCAUUCGUUUGUUUUAUUCAUGCAAUAUUAAACUUUUUUUUGUAGAAAAUUA